AUGAAGCUGCACGCCCUCGCCCUCGCCGCCUUCCUCCUGGCCGCCGCGGCCCCCGUCAGCGCCGGCAGAUGCUGCACUCACACCUGCAGCGCCUGCGCCCCGUACACCUGGGACUUCUGCCAGGAACACCUCGACUGCGGCAUCGGCGAACCGUUUGUCAGGUGCUGCAGCACAACGCAUCGCAAGAAGAGGUUCAGGAAGAAGAGCAGGCUGAGCGUCGAGGGGGUGGACGCCGGCGGUCUGGGGACGUAG